AAUCCCAAAAUAACCCGCGCACACAACUCGCACAUCCAUUUCAACAUUCUACAUUUCACUCCCCCUGAAAAACCGCAGAUAUAAGACAAGCACCUGACGCGAGAACAAAACGCGAAAAUAAAGCGCAGCCAAAUCUCCGGCUUCUCCUCCAAGCUUCCAAGAUGGCGUCGUUUGUAAACUGUUGACACACACAAUGUCGACGUAAGGAGAGAAACAUUUCCGAUUAGUGUUCCAAUGACGCACUGUGUUGUAUCGCAGAAGCAACAGUAGAUAGGUGAGUGUAGAGAGGAUGCGUUUAGGCGGCAAUGCAAAAAAUGCGGAGUUCAGGUCACCCAGGAAAAUGCCAAUAACACGUACCCAAGAAACCAAGCGAAGAAUAAUCGGCGACCGAGAUUAUAUACCGCGGUGAAUACCUGUGCGUCCAGAGAGGGAAGACCCCGAGGAAAAAGGAACGGCGGGAAAGGAGACAGACGACGAAAUAAAACGGAACAAGUGACGGUGAAUGGAACCAAAUAAGAUCAUUUCCUCAGUGGGCAUUGAAGUCUCCCGUAAAAGUGUGUAAAGAAGAGGUAAAUUGUGUGAACCAGGUCAGUCGAGAAGCGUGCCCAUAUGGGUACCCAUGCUGAUGUCGCCCUACCUCUAGCGGGUACCUGUUUAGCCAGACCGUAAGAUAAAAAGAGACCACAAUAAGUGACAGUGAUUCAAUUUCAAUAGUCAUGUGUGUUGUUUUUUUUGUAAUAUGUACCAGCUAAGUGUGUGAAGGGGUGUGUGUUUCCCUUUCAGAGAGUUCAGUGCUUUUGGUAAGUGAAAGAACCGAGAGUACUUUUCUCUUCUUUUCUUUUUUCUUAGUGGAAGAACAGUCAUUGUGAAAGGACCAAGAAGGAAAAUGUUGUUUAUUCAAGAUUUAUGUCAUUAAAUUGCAGAGGCAAGAGGCAAAGUGUGUAUCCAGAUUCCUUUAUAAAAUACAGGCUUUGAGUUAAAAGCGAAGAAAUCUACAGAAGCGAAAAAGGACAUCCUUCUCACAGUGUCUUCAAAGUCAUUAGGAAAAGAAAAAUAUUGUCCUAGUGUUUUUACUUAACACGUUCCUGCUGUAGGUGAGGAGGUGGGCGCAGCGUGGCAGGAUGUGAGGCUCUCCCACCCUCAGUAGUAUCAUGGCCCAGGAGUUCCUCCCGCUCUGCGAUGUGCUCUUCAACAUCAUCUCGCUGGCGUCCUACUUCUGUGACGUGGUGUUCGACGUGGUCACCAUUUACACCCUGUACGAGCAUCAGGAGGUGGUGUGGUUCACGCUGUCGCUCUCCUGCGUGCUCCUGUCCCUCGUCGUGUGCCAGCUCUGCUCCUUCAAGUGGUACCUCUCGAGCCUGCGCAAGGACCUGGCCAAGAAGGACUGCGACCUUAGUCUCAUGAUCCUGCUGCACUUCUUCCAGGGAGGCGUCCUGUGGCGCUACUUCAAGCUCUUCAUCCCCGUCGACCUCCGCUACGUGAAGCACGAGGUGCGGGACCUGUGCAUGCUCAGGCUCAUCCACGCCUUCUGCGAAGCGGCGCCGAUGCUGCUCAUACAAUUGUACCUCAUCUGGCGGAAGCCCUCGCUCUCUGAGCUCACGGACCUCAACAUCGUCUCCACGGCGCUGUCCCUCUUCAGCGUGUGCUGGGCGCUGGCCUCCUUCAACAAGAAUGUCCGGCGCCACAACGUGCACCGGCUGGUCCUCACGUGGCUGGGCGUGAUCUUCCAGUUCGUGUGGCGCCUCGGCACCAUCACCUCGCGCUCCAUCGCCCUCACCGUGUACGCGACGCUCUACGGCUACUGGGUGUUCCUGGUCAUCGCCCUCCACUGGGUCUCCAUGUUCCUCUGGCUCAUCUCGCCCAAAAACGUCUUCCACGGCGAGAAGAUGCCCCUGUUCAAGAAGGUGAUCUUCUCCAUGCUCAUCGCCUUCUGCUACAUCUUCUGCUACAUCAACCUCCAGGAGAUCAACGCUAGACAAAAGAUGGUGGCUUUCUACAUCACGAUGCUGCUGGAGAACGCCCUGCUGAUCGCAGUGUGGUUGGGCGGCCUGAGGACGCAGCCCUGGUACCAGCACCCCGUGACGGCCCUGGUGUUCGUCGCCUUCGGCUUCGGGAUCCUGUUCAUGAUCCUCUACUACCAGCACUUCCACGUCAAGAGGCUCAAGCACAACUACACCAUGUCGUCCUCCAUCAACGCUUACUCGUCGUGCACAGGCUGCCAGCUGGGCCAGUGCACGGACAAGUCGCACCGGAUGCCGUUCCCCUACUACCUGAACGAGCUCUCCGCGAGCGACAACAGCACCAUCGCCUCCAACACGCAGCAGAACGGCACGGCGAAGCUGAACAACCUGCAGAACAUCGAGACGCGGGCCGACCACCACUCCAACCCGCCCACGCACCCGCACGCGUACCCCCCCGACGGCCUCCACGUGCCGGGGGUGUUCAACUGCCGCUUCAACCCGGGCAUCAAGAGGAAGAAGAAGAAGCCGACCAGCUUCGUGCCGCCGCCAGUGCCCGUCAUCCCGUCGCUUGCGGUGCCCAACAACAGUACGGCCGCAAACAAUAACAACAACAACAAUAACAACAACAACGGGCGCGUGGUGCCCUUCUGGAAGCGGCCGCUGCCGCAGUCCAUUUCAAGCGACCACGAGGGCAGCGUGGGCUCCAGGGUCAACAUCCAGCAGAAGCUGCAGGAGAAGAAGCAGCAGCAGAUCGCGGAGCUGCGCCAGAUCGAGGAGGAGAUAAAGGCGGGCAAGCUGAAGCGGCCGCACCCGAGCGACAUCUCGGAGUCGGGCACGCUGCGGCAGCCCAUCCCGCGCUCCAAGAAGCAGCCAUGGCUCAAGCCCGAGCCGCCGCUCGACUACCCGUACCUGGUGGUGGACGCCUCGGCCGCGUCCGUGCCCGCGCCCGCGCACAGGAAGCAGCGCUCGCAGACCCCCGAGAUCCUGCUGGCGCCGCACUACCUCGACAACACCAGGAUUUACUACGACUACCAAGACCCGCGCUGGAAGUACGGCAACAACUACCACCUGCCCUCCGACGACAUGAGCGGGUCCAGCCAUUCCAAGCGCUCCACCAAGAGACGAAACCGGAAGGCCGAUAAGAACACCGACAACAGAGAUAAGGUGAUCUACAAGUCCUACAGAAUACCCUCAGAUCUCGACAGUCAGAUAUCCUUGCCGAGGUCCUACACGCUGCCCAGGGAAUUCAAGUAUUACAGAAGACCCAAGUCGAGAAAAGCUGUCAGGUCCGAUCACUUCAUGGCGUCCACCAACUCGAGUGACGGUGACGUGGAUUCCUGCGACGAGGGCGACCUAGGCGAGUCCAUGGGGCGCCUCAACAACGCCGUCCACUUCCACAUCAACCACAACCACCACCACCACUACCAUCACCACAGCUUCCUCCACAACCACCACACCAACCACGUGGCUGAGUCUCCGCCGCACCCACAGCAUCCACUUAGAGCUCGAAUCCACGCGGCCUUCCACCGGAAUCUGGCCAACACUCACGAGACCAAACUGUGAUGAUGUAAUGGUGUUGAGGGGCGGGCGGACUGUUGCCGUGUUGCGUUGUGUUUAAGUUGUGAGGUGUUGCGUUGUCUUGCGUGUUUUAUGGUGUCUUAAGAAAAAAGAGAGGAUUAUUUUCUUAUGUUGUGGCAUUGGGGGGAAAAAAGGAGAGGGAAAAGGGGGAGGGGGAGAAAAAAAAGUGCAAUGUGGAGCUCAAUCGGAUGCCUCACCGAAGAAAAAAAAAAUAUAUAUAUAUGUAUCAUAUGGAGGGAGCUCUUGGGACACUCAGAUUCGUGUUGUAGUGAAACGGACAGUGUGUUUUAUUCCGCGUGUUUGUAUGUAGAGUGGACCGCGCAACAGAAAAAGAGGAAAAAUUGAAUAAAUCAGAAUGAAAAGAACCAGAUCAGGAGCGGAAAGAUCAACACAAGAAAGUAUUUGGUUCUCAUUGAUGGAAUGAUCCUUUUAUUGAUUCUGAAAAAAAAAACAACGGCAGAUUUUGCUUUGAAAAUUGGUCACGAUCGUGCCACAGAAAUAACGAUAAGACAGCUGUUACUCUCCAAGAGAGGAAAAGACAAUAAGAUUCCUCUUAUAUAUACACAUAAUUCCGGGUCACAAAAGAGUCUUUUAAAGUCCUUGGAUAACUUCGACCCCCUUCACUCACCCUCCCCCCAACGUCACCCCAUCAAAACUAGUCCAUUUAACUUUCUUCUGUUUUGCCGUGGAACUAUGCUCAUUUUGUGUAUGUGUUAACUUGGCAAGUGUAGAGAGAUUUAUAGACAUACAUGUUAACAUAUUUAAGUCAUGCUACACAGUAGACUUUGUUGUCGUUCCAGCAACAUUCUCUCUCUCUCUCUCUCUCUCUCUCUCUCUCUCUCUCUCUCUCUCUCUCUCUCUCUCUCUCUCU